CUAAUGAACGAUGACUCUCAGGUGUGUUUUUGAGUGUGCAGUGACUUGUACUUCACUCAGGGCCUAAAGUUUGAUUUUCAAAAUCUGUCAGUGUCAAAGUGUGUUUGAGCCUUUCUGCACCUGUGGAGGAGGAAGGUGACGUGAGGCAAACUAAAGCUGCCAAUCAGAAGCGAUGCCAAGUGAUGGAGCAAAGUUUACUGGCUAUACGGCAUGCAAAAAUAAGCCACAAACAAUUAAACACACACGUCCAGACCCACACACAGAUCAAUAAAUACAACACAGCCUCUCACAGUCCAGACACACCAGAGACAGAAGAGCAGAAAGAUCAGAGUGUGAGAACCUGCAGACCAGUUAUGUCCAUCAACUCCUCUUCCUCCUCCAAUGCUUCCUUUCCUCCUUCUCUCCUCUCUUCCUUGGACUUGUUUUCUGUCCUCUACAGCUGUAUGAACACCACUGCUGGCAUUUUCAACGCCACCGCCUUCACCAUCAUCAGCAACCUCUUCCUCCUCCCUCUCUACAUCUUUGUCCUCUACGUGGGUGUCCAACGAUGGCAGCAAUCGGCCUCCAACACGACCAUGAGCCACUCUGACCUCUUUACCUACCACAUGGUCUUCAUAGAGCUGCUGAGUGUUGUAGGGUCCAUAUUGACCUAUUGUGGUCUCCAGGCUGAUCAACCACAAAUGGUAAUGGUGGGCAUGUGCCUCUUCUUCAUCAACUCAUCGGGGCAGACCUUAUUUCACAUCCUGACCUGUGUGGAGCGCUACCUGGCCGUUGUUCACCCCAUCACCUACCUCAGCUUAAAGAAGGCAAAAUGGAUCAGAAUCAGAAAUGUCACCAUUGGCUGUGCUUGGUUGAUGUGUUUUGCAGGCCAGAGUGUGAUAUUCAUGAAAACCGGUGAUUCAAACAGUCCAGUCGCUUACUGUGUUGCUCUCUUUCCAUUAGUUAUUGUUUGUUUCUGCAGCGUUUCAGUUCUCUGUGUUCUGAUUCGUCCAGGACCAGGGGAAGGGGGUGGGGACAGACGGCAGGUUGACCAAUCAAAGCUGAGGGCAUUCUACACCAUCAUGGCCAUCCUGGGAGUGCUGGUGUUCAAGUUUGGAGGGAAUGUACUUGUCACAUCUCUGUAUGCUUUACCACAGCUGGGGGAGACUGGAAUGUGUAUUUUGAUGUUGUCAGUGUCCUGGAUUAAUGUGCCCAGCAGUCUGGUGUUACCUCUGCUCUUUCUACACAGAGCACGAAAGCUGCUGUGUUGUAAGGGCGACAAACAGUCAGCACAAGGACCAGGUUAGAUUAGUUUACAGUCUCUGAGAAUAGAAAACAAAAGCCUGAAUUAUGCCAGCCAGGAGUGUCACUGGAAGAUGUAAGUGUAAUUACUAAAUGUAGAUUUCUGAGAUAUCCCAAAAGUAGAGUCUUGCAUUCCUGUUGGAGGCUGUCAAGCUCUGCCAGCUGAUGCUCUUCAUGAUUCUUGUAAAUGGUUUUAUUGUAUUGUGUUUCCAUGCUGAUUGAGUUCCGGUGAAUGUCUUUUGUUCUCACUUUUUAUUCUCUACCUGAUUAAAUAAAAAGGAAAUA